UCCGGUCCUCUUGAUCAUGAUGCGGUAUCUGCCACUGAAAAAUUAGUUAGAGGGAUUUGUUGCUGGAGUUCAUUGGUCCAAUCCUGUCCUCUUGAUCUUGAUGCAGAAUUAGUUAGAGAGAUUUGGAAGCUUAAGCACAAGUCUAUACCGAAGCAAGAACGAAUCCCAUACCUUGACUUCCUCCUCUCUGAGUACAGCUCUUUCAAGAUUAUUGAUGAUGGAAAGCUAGUGGCCAACCCUUGGGACAUGCCUCCUCCUUAUCCAACAAAUUUGGAAAUCCUCUCUUCUUCGUCUUUGUCAAUUAUGCCUCCGAUCCCUUUGAAGAAGAGUGAGCCCUUGGACCUCUAUGAGUCCCUUCGCAGUUAUGUUGCCCUUAAAUACUCUGAGAGCGAGGCAGAGAGAGUAGAAGGCCUUUUCAAAAUGGUAGACAAAAUGCGCAGUGAAAUGCAGUGUGAUGACCUCUCUCUACCCGUUCGCCCCGUGACUGCCUCAUCCAGUAUUUGAAAUGCCUUUGCAUGAUUGAGCCUUUGUUCCCCAUGACUACCUCACCCAAUCCACCUAUCUUUGUUUGGUACAAUGCAUUCAACCCACAACAGGACUCUUCUCAGCACAACAUCCAUUUGGAGAAGGCCUCUGUUCUCUUCAACCUGGGAGCCCUCUCCACCCACAUUACUCUCUCCUGCGAUCUCAGCGCCGUUCAAGGCUAUCGCCUUGCCAUGGACGCAUUAUAUGACGCUUCAUAUUGGUUCUCCAUACUGUGGAAGCUUGAGGCUGAGAAUGCAUCUGCCACCAUUGACUUGUCAGUAAACUGUGUCCAGAUGCUGCGCGAGAUGAUAGCGGCUCAGAUUGCCGACUUGACAUGGAAGUGUCCUCAUUCUCAUUCUGAUGGAUCAUCAUUAGCUGGAUUAGCUGGAUAUCUUGUUACUCUGCGUUGUCGGAAAGCUUAUGAUCUGUCGACAUUGGGGCCUUUAGCUGAGAAUCUUGUUCAAUCCUCGAUACCUCAAUUUCUUGAGUCCAAGAUGAAAACCCGCCAUGUUCAAACUGAUCCUAGUGAUGUCACUGAACAAUUUCUUUCAGGGUAUUGUGAGGCUCAAUCCCUGCUUCAAGAGGGAUGUCAAACACCAUGCUUGGACCUUCUCUCCGAGGUUGGCCCUGUCAUGAUUAAGGAUGGAAAUCUUGUGAUCAACCUUAGAGGCAAUAUGGGUCGCAUUGGAGGAGAUGAGCUCCCAGGAGACCACAGUAACAUGACCAUAGACAGAAACUAGACAAACUUUAGGAAUUAACUUUUUAGUUUCUUUUUUAAAUUGGAUGUCGGAAUUUUGUUUGUUGAUGCUAGAAGCCUAUAACUAUUUUUGUGAAUAUAUUAUCUUUGCAAUUUUGUUUGUUGAUGUGUGAAUAUAUUCUUUCUUAUUCCUCACUA